AUGGCGUCUCUGACACAGCUGUCGGACGACUUCUACACAUGUGUCCUCUGUCUAGAGAAGCUGAAAGAUCCCCGCAGCCUCCCAUGUCUGCACACCGUGUGUCGCGCGUGCCUUGAAGUGCACGUGCAGAAAACACGUGAUGAGUGGACUUUUUGUUGUCCUGUAUGUGAACGCAAGUUGGAUGGGGCAAAACAGGGUCUGCCACUUUCGUCCGUUGACCAAUGGCUGGAGACUUUCACUCCCAACGACUUCCUCACGACCAUCAGCAAAGUGAGAUCUGCGCGUGCAGCCGAGAAAGCUUGCGACAUCUGUCGCCAGGAGCGGGUGCUGGUAGAGGCGACCUCCUGGUGCAUGAACUGUCUGGAGCUGCUGUGCCCUGACUGCCGCCGAGUCCACACCAGAUCCAAGGCGUCACGUGAUCAUUGCCUCAUUAGCGUGGACGAGUUGCAGAAUGAAAACACAGAGAAGCUGAUGAAGCGGACAUCAGAACGCGCCCUGUGUCCGACACAUUCGGACAAAACUGUGACCACUGUGUGCGUAGAUUGCAAGAUGGCGGCGUGUGACGUCUGCGUCGUACAGUCUCACAGCAAAUGUCGUAGGCUCGAGCAGAUGGAAAAAGUGAGCCCUAAUCUCCGUGCCGACUUAUUGGAAGCCAAAAACCGAGUGGACUCUUGCCGCCAGGGGGCGGAGGUGGCCAGACAAGUGUCAAGCGAGCAACUGUCGGCCUUGACCCUGUCCAAGGACAACGCCAUAGAGGAAACGAGACAGCUCAAAGAGAGGCUGCUGGACCUCGUGCGUCAGAAGGAGGAAAACACUCUGCGCCAUAUUGAGGCAGCUUACUCCAAGCAACGCGCCAUUUUGACGUCACAAAGACAUACUGCGGAAGUGACGCAUCAAGCGCUAGGAAAGACGAAUCAGUUCCUGGACAUUCUUAUGACGUUUGGUAACGACGUGGACAUUUUAAGGAACUUCGACGUUAUCGUGAAGAAUGUGACACAACUUGAAAACCAGGUCGGAAUGCGCUCAAACCGUGCAAACAGCACAGUUCUCAAGUUCAACACUGAUAAAAAGGCCGCAGAUUUUCUCAAAACAACAACUGGUCUUGGUGAUGUGAAACUUGACAAGGGCAGUCUAAGGAAAACAACUCAAGCCGAAUCAGCAGAAGCAAAAACCUCGGUUACUUCCCAUGUGCCAAAGAGGGCACAGCCGCGUCAACAAAAACAGGACAUGUCUUUGGUCAGGACGCCAGUGCGGAGCAAAACAACGCCAAGAGGAAGCAGCAGAGGUCUGUUUUAA